CACCAACUCUACUAACCCGCCAGCCCGCACCUUGACAAUACACUGAUAUAUAUCUCUACUACAUCCUCACUCAUACACUUCACUAGAGCUCAUUUGGUUCAUUGAUUUCGACACAGCCAUCCUGCACCUUGACAAUGGACGAGAUCUGCGGGUGUAUAUGUAGCCGGUUCUUGGCUUAAAAGGCGGGGCUUCGCUCUUGCUUCUCGUCCGGCUCUGCUUCUUGGCCUUUCCCUUUCAACCCUCGCUUCUCACGAAUAGGACACAAUGACAUCCACGGCCGUGCAAGACCAAGUAGACGAUGUAGAGUCGUUUUUUGACCCGGCCGUAUGUGCUGCGCUCUACAACCGUAUCAUUCACAUCGGCUUCGAGGGGAGCCAAUGUGGCCAACGAGGUGACCGUCUCGCCAAGAACUGGUUUCACGCCUGGCGGAAUGAUCCACACGUGCACAAAUGUCGUGAGACUUUCCCAGAGAUCCUCACCUCCUUCCUGGAGCAAAUCGAGGUAAUCAUUGAUCAAGAUGGUCAUCCAAAACACCAUGCCUUCGUGCAGCACCUUCAAGUGGUCUCCUCCCCGACACGGACGCUGGCUCUGGGACCGGGCUCGAGCUGGAUGGAAAUCGAUGACUGCAUUCUUCUCUUUCGAAAUAAUCUUUACUGUUUGACCGACUGUCCAGGGGUACUGAUGGACCUGUCGGACCUAAUGGUCUGCUAUCUCCCCUCAAUCUAUGAUUUUAACCCUGACAAUCCGGAAGCGUCGUCUUGGUAUCCGCUUCGAGUGCUUCUUGAACGACUGAAUGCCAUUAUCGAGGUGGGAAAGUACCGCCCUGUCCCCUAUGGCAGUGCGCAAGACGGCUAUAAACCUUUAAGUCCUGAUAUUCUAUGUUGGGAAGUCGUGCCCUGGACAGAUCCUUUUCUGAAACAAACCCUGGAUGCUUAUAACGCUCUUGUCGAAGCAAUAACCGCACGUCUUCCAUUUCCGACUGAGGACCAGCGACCACCUCUAGCGACAGACGAAUUCCUCAGCGCAGAAGUCAAAGGAUUUCCGCGCGCCUUUCUCCUCUCCGCCUCUAAGCCCUCCUUCCAAUUCAUUGCGCCGGGGUUGACGAUAUAUGAUGUGAAUCAACCACCGCCGCUCCCGAGAGCCGAUUCCACAACGAACGAUUAUGACGCGCCCUCCAUGCAUUAUACAGAAGCAUUCCACGACCCGUUAAUCCUCUUCCCGGCCGUGGGGUAUAUCAAGGAGGGGGCCGGGCUCUGGAUUUGUCCUGAUGAAGGAUGGGCUGAUACGGCCAGACUGGUCCUACCAUAUGUAUUAUCGUCCUAUCCAGACCAUACAGGAGAGCAGGUCACCCGGCCAUCUGCAACUCAGUUGUGGCAGCAAGGGGAAUGUCCAUUCUAUGUGGACCACUCGACUCGGUUAGGCACGAUGUUAAACCAGUGGCGCGUACUAGUCGAGGAAGGGAUGUGGACGGUCGGGGCGAACGGGGUGGAGGGUGGAGUGGAGUUUUAUCGUCAGGCUGAGGAUGUUGAUAAGGCGGGCUGGUUCUGUUUAAUGGAUGACUGUUUUGAUCUCAGUGAGAUUGCCUUUCGUUAUUAAAGGCCCUGUCUCUUCGGAAUGCAUCACAUGGUUUGGUGUGGUACGAGCGCGGGCUUUGCGGUCCCGAAUGUCAACUUUCCCCCCCAGGGAUCUAGGAUAGGGCUCGAUAUCACCGGUCAGCUGGCUGCGACUCACAGUGGUUCCGGGAGGGUGAGCUGCGUUCCAAUUUAUGGCACAACAUAUGUUUCGGUUGAAUGCUGAAACUGCUGCAGAGUUCAUUAGUGGUUCUUGGGCUUUGUGAGAGAAUGCCGAGCCGCCUUCUAAACUUGGGGUAGUGGUGUUACCAUCAGCAGGCUGCGUACGCUGUAUGCUUUGUUAUUUCUGGCAGGGUAAGCCUGUGUAACAAAUGCCACUUGAUUUCUACAUGAAUAUGGUCAACACCU